AUGCGCCCUCUACUCUUGCGUGCGCUCUUCCUCUCGCGUGCGCCCUCUCCUCUCGCAUGCGCCCUCUCCUCUUGCGUGCGCUCUUCCUCUCGCGUGCGCCCUCUCCUCUCGCGUGCCCUCCCUGCUCACACGCCUCCCCUCCUCACACGCCUCCCCUCCUCACACGCCUCCCCUCCUCACACGCCUCCCCUCCUCGCACGCCUCCUCUCCUCACACGCCUCCCCUCCUCACACGCCUCCCCUCCUCACCGCCAAGUCAUUUUCAGGCAAGGUGGAGGCAGUAGACAAGGCAGAGGCAUCAGCGCAAGAGAAGCCGAAGAAGAAGAUAUGCUGUGCGUGCCCCACGACCAAGAAGCUGAGGGACGAGUGCCCCCCCCUGACCCCCACUGGCCCCCUAUGUUCCCCUUCUCCCUGCCCUCCCUUUGUGCCCCUCCACUUGUGCCCUCCACGUGUUGCUCUGACAACCUGGAAGUCGCGCGACGCCGCGUCCUGCAUCGCCCUCAGCAGCCUCCUCCCUAAGUCUGAGAAGAUCCACUUCACCCUGGUUCGCACUGCAAGCGAGUUCCUGAUUGUGAUCAAGGCCCGCUACUCCACUCCCACCACUAUCUCUCUUGGUUGCCUAUUCCUCCCGUUCCUAUUUCCUGACCUCGCCUCGUUUGAGCAUUCUGCUGACUUGAUCGCUUACCUGCGUUUCCUAAAUUCUAGCUACCGCGCUGCCUACACUGAUGCACAACUUGCCCCCCCCCCCCCCAUGGUGAUUACUAUUUACUUUUUCGUUACUAGCCCCCCUGAUCGCUUUGCCACAGUUCACGACACACUUCUUUUGAAGCACCCUAGCGAGCUCACUAUCGAGGUCCUUGAGUCUGCCCUCAAGUUUGUUGAGAGGAACCUCUGCUCGGUAGCCUCCGCCUCUGGUGCUGUGCCCCUCCCACUAUUCCACGGGUGCAAUGUCCCACAGCUGCCCACCUUUACUGCCUCCCUCGCCGCUACUGCAACUGACAAGACCGCGGCUGCUGACACGACUUAUGCACGGUCUAGAGUUAGGAGUGGCAGGAGGGGCGGCCAGGGUGCAGCCAGCAGCGGAGGUGGCGUGGCGAGUGGUGGUGGCGGGAGUGCAGGUGUUGGUGGAGCGCCUCGUGCAACUUCUAGUGGCUCCCCUUUUGCAGCUGGUGGAGGUGACGCUCGGGUUCGUCGUGCACUUGCGGCGCUGCCAGCUGCAGGUGCUGGGGUGGCGGCCAAUGCUCUCGCAACAGCCACUGCUAUCGCAGCAGCCACUGCUAUCGCAGCAGCCACAACAGUAGUAUGGGCAGCAGUAGGUUCAGAGGCAUGGGCCAGGACCACGUCAGCUAACGCGUGGUGA